AUGGCUCGCCCUUCCACGCCGCAGGGCAGCCUGCGACAGCGGAACCCGCCUUCCAAGAAGGCCGAGGCUGCUGUCUUCGCCCCCGAAGCCGAACUCGAUAAGCUCGCAAAGGCUGGCGCCCAGAGGGCCGAUGCUCAGUACGAUGCCGACUACAAGAUUGGCUUCUUUUUCAUCACCGUCCUGGCCUUCGUCACCCGCUUCUGGGGCAUCAGCCACCCCAACGAGGUCGUCUUUGACGAGGUUCACUUUGGAAAGUUCGCCUCCUACUACCUCGAGCGAACCUACUUCUUCGAUGUCCACCCCCCCUUCGGCAAGCUCCUCUUCGCCUUCAUGGGCUGGCUGGUCGGCUACGAUGGCAACUUUCACUUUGAGAACAUUGGCGACUCUUACAUCGCCAACAAGGUCCCUUACGUCGCUUACCGCGCCUUGCCCGCCAUCCUCGGCGCCCUGACUGUCUCCGUCACCUACCUCAUCAUGUGGGAGUCCGGUUACAGUCUCCCUGCCUGCCUUCUGGCCGCCUCGUUGAUCCUCCUCGACAACGCCCACAUUGGCCAGACCCGCCUCAUCCUCUUGGACGCCACCCUGGUCCUCGCCAUGGCCUGCAGCUUGCUCUUCUACAUCAAGUUCUACAAGCUCCGACACGAGCCCUUCUCCAGGAAGUGGUGGAAGUGGCUCAUCCUCACCGGAUUCGCCCUGUCUUGUGACAUGUCGACCAAGUACGUCGGUCUCUUCGCCUUCGUUACCAUUGGUUCUGCCGUCAUCAUCGAUCUCUGGGAUCUGCUCAACAUCAACCGACCCGGUGGUGCCAUCGAGCUCGUCGACUUCGCCAAGCACUUUGCUGCCCGCGCCUUCGGCUUGAUCCUCAUGCCCUUCCUCUUCUACCUCUUCUGGUUCCAGGUCCACUUUGCCGUCCUCACCCGCUCCGGUCCCGGCGACGAUUUCAUGACCCCUGAGUUUCAAGAGACGCUCAGUGACAACGUCAUGCUCGCCAACUCCAUCGAUAUCCAGUACUACGAUAGUAUCUCCAUCCGCCACAAGGAAACCAAGACCUAUCUCCACAGCCACGAGGACAAGUAUCCUCUUCGAUACGAUGAUGGCCGUGUCUCCAGCCAGGGCCAGCAGGUUACCGGAUAUCCUUACAACGACACCAACAACUACUGGGAAAUCCUCCCUGCCAAUGACGAUAAGAAGGCGGGUCGCAACGUUAAGAACCACGACCUGGUGCGCCUUCGCCAUCUGGGCACUGACAAGAUCCUUCUUUCUCACGAUGUGGCCUCACCCUACUUCCCCACCAACCAGGAGUUCACCGCCGUCACCCCCGAGGAAGCCUAUGGCAAGCGCGAGAAUGACACUCUCUUCGAGGUCCGAAUUGAGCACGGAAAGAAGAACCAGGGUUUCAAGUCCGUCUCUGGCCAUUUCAAGCUCAUCCACAAUCCUAGCAAGGUGGCUAUGUGGACUCACACCAAGGCUCUGCCUGAGUGGGGAUACAAGCAGCAGGAGAUCAACGGAAACAAGCAGAUUGCGCCUAGCUCCAACAUCUGGGUCGUUGAGGACAUCCCUUCUCUGACCGCGGACGACGCUCGCCGUCAGAAGCCCGAGCGCAAGGUCAAACAACUGCCCUUCCUCCAGAAGUGGUUUGAGCUCCAGCGAGCCAUGUUCUACCACAACAGCAAGUUGACCAGCAGCCACCCCUACUCCAGCCACCCUUACCAGUGGCCUUUCCUGCUCCGAGGUGUCAGCUUCUGGACCCAGGCCGAUACCCGCCAGCAAAUCUACUUCCUCGGUAACCCCUUCGGUUGGUGGCUUGCCAGCAGUCUGCUGGCCGUUUACGCCGGCAUUGUUUUGGCUGACCAAGUCUCCCUUCGCCGUGGCAUUGAUGCCCUGGACCACCGCACUCGUUCCCGACUGUACAACUCAACCGGAUUCUUCUUCCUGGCCUGGGCCACUCACUAUUUCCCAUUCUACCUCAUGGGACGUCAACUUUUCUUGCAUCAUUAUCUUCCAGCUCAUCUCGCGUCCUGUCUGGUUGCCGGUGCUCUCCUCGAAUUUAUUUUCAACUCGGAGCCCGUCGACGAAAUCGUCGAAAGCCCCAAGAACAAGAAGGCGAUUGCCGGCCCCAGACACCACGUCACUGCCCGGGAGCGGUUCGCCGGUCAGAGCAUGCUCAGCGCAUGGAUUGCUUGCCUGGUUGUCGUUGUCGUCGUCAUUGCAGGCUGGUACUUCUUCUUGCCCUUGACUUACGGCUACCCUGGUCUCUCUGUAGACCAGGUCCUCCGACGCAAGUGGCUCGGCUAUGACCUGCACUUUGCCAAAUAA